AUGGCGGCCAACGCGAACUCGGCCGGCGGCGGCGGGCUCUCGCUCUUCGAGUGCCCCAGCUGGGCAGGAAAACCACCACCUGGCCUACAUCUGGAUGUAGUCAAAGGAGACAAACUCAUUGAGAAGCUCAUCAUUGAUGAGAAGAAAUACUACCUGUUUGGGAGGAAUCCUGACCUCUGUGACUUUACCAUUGACCACCAGUCCUGCUCUCGGGUCCAUGCUGCCUUGGUCUACCACAAACAUCUCAAGAGGGUUUUCCUCAUAGAUCUAAACAGCACACAUGGCACGUUCCUGGGUCACAUCCGUUUGGAGCCCCACAAGCCCCAGCAGAUCCCCAUCGACUCCACGGUCUCGUUCGGCGCCUCCACGCGCGCCUACACGCUGCGGGAGAAGCCCCAGACGCUGCCCUCGGCUGUCAAAGGGGAUGAGAAGAUGGGUGGGGAAGAUGAAGAGCUCAAGGGCUUGCUGGGUCUGCCAGAGGAGGAGACAGAACUGGAUAACCUGACAGAGUUCAACACAGCCCACAACAAGAGGAUUUCCACACUGACCAUUGAGGAAGGGAACCUGGACAUCCAGAGACCAAAGAGGAAACGGAAGAACUCCAGAGUCACCUUCAGUGAUGAUGAUGAAAUCAUCAAUCCGGAGGACGUGGACCCAUCCGUGGGGCGCUUCAGGAACAUGGUGCAGACAGCAGUAGUCCCUGUCAAGAAGAAGCGCCUGGAGGGCUCGGGGGCGCUGGGCGGCGAGGAGGCGGCGGCGCGGCGCCUGCAGAGCUUCCCCUACAGCGGAGGACUCUACGGGGGGCUGCCGCCCACACACAGCGAGGCCGGCAGCCAGCCGCACGGCGCCCACGGCACGGCGCUCAUCGGCGGCCUGCCCAUGCCCUACCCCAACCUCGCCCCCGACGUGGACUUGACUCCCGUUGUGCCCUCGACAGUGAACAUGAACCCAGCCCCCAACCCUGCCGUCUUCAACCCCGAAGCUGUGAACGAGCCCAAGAAGAAGAAGUACGCCAAGGAGGCGUGGCCGGGCAAGAAGCCGACCCCUUCCCUGCUGAUCUGAGCGGGGCUGUGCCGAGGG